CGGCAUGGCGGCGAUGGCGGCGGCGGGGCGGGCGCUGCGCGCUGCGCUCCCCGCCGGGCUCUGGGGCCGCCUGGCCCCGCUGCCGGGCGCGCCCCGCCGCACCGCCGCGCACUUCGCUUUCCAGCCAGACCCGGCGCCCAGAGAGUACGGGCAAACUCAGAAGAUGAAUCUCUUCCAGUCCAUAACAAGUGCCUUGGACAAUGCUUUAGCCAAAGAUCCAACUGCAGUUGUAUUUGGUGAAGACGUGGCCUUUGGUGGAGUCUUCAGAUGUACAGUUGGCUUGCGAGACAAAUAUGGUAAAGACAGAGUUUUUAACACCCCUUUAUGUGAACAAGGAAUUGUUGGCUUUGGUAUUGGAAUUGCUGUUACAGGUGCUACAGCCAUUGCAGAAAUUCAAUUCGCAGAUUACAUUUUUCCAGCAUUUGAUCAGAUUGUAAAUGAAGCAGCAAAAUAUCGUUACCGCUCUGGAGAUCUAUUCAAUUGUGGAAGCCUCACCAUUAGAGCACCAUGGGGCUGUGUCGGUCAUGGUGCACUAUAUCACUCUCAAAGCCCAGAAGCCUUUUUUGCUCACUGUCCAGGAAUAAAGAUUGUUAUUCCAAGGAGUCCUCUGCAGGCCAAAGGAUUGCUGCUGUCAUGCAUAGAGGACAAAAAUCCAUGUAUAUUCUUUGAACCUAAAAUACUUUACAGAGCUGCAGUGGAACAAGUUCCUGUAGAGCCCUACAACAUUCCACUGUCUCAAGCUGAGGUGCUGCAGACGGGCAAUGAUGUGACAAUGGUUGCUUGGGGCACUCAGGUACAUGUGAUCAAAGAGGUGGCAGCAAUGGCUCAAGAAAAGCUUGGUGUGUCCUGUGAAGUUAUUGAUUUGAGAACCAUCUUACCAUGGGAUACAGAGACUAUUUGCAAGUCGGUGGCAAAGACUGGGCGAUUGCUGAUUAGCCAUGAGGCUCCCUUGACAGGAGGAUUUGCAUCUGAAAUCAGUUCCACAGUUCAGGAAGAAUGCUUUUUGAAUUUGGAAGCUCCUAUUGCAAGAGUAUGUGGCUAUGACACUCCCUUCCCUCACAUCUUUGAGCCUUUCUACAUCCCAGACAAGUGGAAAUGCUAUGAUGCUCUUAGAAGAAUGAUUAACUACUGAGCAGUAAUACAGAGGGAGAACAACAGGGAAAUACAGAAGCUGCCUUCAAAACUCUUGACAUUUUAAUCAGAUCUUUUGGAAUUUAAAAGCAGACUUUUCUUUUAACUCAGCUAUCCUGAAUGUUCAUCUUGGCUAUUCUUCAGCAAGUUCAAAUUUUCCUUAAUUAUGAAAUCAGUGAUGGGCAGGUGAUUAUUACAGUAAGUAGUUUCAGAUGUAUUUAAAGAUAUUCCAGAUGUUAAAUGAAAAUUGCACAUUGCCAUGCUUCAUUAGGUUACAUCUAGACUUCACUGUGUAAAUAUUAGAAACAGAAUUUUAUUCAAUAAAACACGUUAUGCUCA